AUGGACAGACUCCCUGCAGAGAUCCUUGUUGAUAUCCUCGACUACAUCGAUGCCGAAGAACUGGUAUCAGUCCAGCGAACUUGCUCGGCUUUGUCCCACGUGGCAUAUUCCAAUCCUCUGUGGAGGUACAAAUGCUUCGAGAAAUCGCCAAGCGCGUCGAUGAGGCAGACCAGUAGUAUCUUGAACACCCUGACCAAUGCGCUGGAAGGUCUGACUCUCUCAGAGCGACCUGCCCAACCCCGACACUCCGCGGCAAGCAGCCAUGGAUCAGAACGAGUGGCUGAAAGUGCCCGAGCCCGUGCCGUCAACCGGUGGGAUCUGUCAGCGGAAGGUGAAAUAGUCGACUGGUACUCCGAGUACAAGGGCAGAUACGCCCCGUUGAGCGCGGACUGGCUUGCCGACGAUGCCACAGCACACACGGAGGUCAAAGGCAUAUCGUUGCUCCCGGGGACCGAACUAGUGGUCGGAUACCUGGAAGACCAUAGUGUCUGCGUCUGGGAUCUUACCCGGGCCUCGACUCGACGGAGAAAAUUCCGGGAACUGGGACGAAGCAAACUGCAAACGUCUACGCUACCUGUCGGCCCUCGACACACGGGCGAUAAUUUGGUCGUUGACUGCGUGAGCAGUUUCGCCUCGCAGCAGAAAGCUUAUGUGGCCGUCGGCAGCGUUGUGGAGGAGAUCGACCUCAACACUCUCACAGUGCUGUCGCAUUCGAGUUACCCAUACCCAAUCACGGCUCUGUCGCAACCAGGGCCGCUGGAUCUUCCGCUGACCGUAGGCACCCAAUGGAGUCUCCAUGUUCUCGAUCCGCGAGUGCCUGUCCACCACUCCUCUCCAUCUUCGGAAGAACGCACGGAAGAGAUAUCAGCCCAGCCAGGGAGGCUGACGGCCAUGCUCCCGGACAUAGUCGGAAAGUCGUCAUUGCUGCUCACCGAUAUACCGGGGGACUCCUCGGUCCUGCCCGCCAUAUUCAGAAGGUCGUCGCCCUUUUCAUCCAACCCUCUCCCUUCCGCACAACUCUCCAGCUCGCCAAGCUGGCUACCACCCCAAAGCCUGCGAAACCCAUCAUGGAAUAGCUUUGCUAAAGUCGAGCCCGGCCCGCUCAACAUCCUUCAUCAGGCCGAGAACGAGAUCCUCAUCUGCGGCAGAUUUCCCAGCAUCCUGUCCUACGAUCGCCGGUUCUUCCCUCGAUUACAGUACGUCAUCCACUCCAGCGCCAGUCUCUCCGCCAUGACAUCCAUCCCCCACCCUCCGGCCGGAUCAUCCUCGAACGUGACCGGCUUAUCCACGCUCGUCGCAUGCGGGGAAUAUCGUGGUCGAGGCUCCCUUGAACUCUACUCCCUACCGCACGUAAAACUAGACCAGCAGCACCAUCCGCCCCCUUGCGACACCCCGUCAGAAGACGAUGAUGUCGACAUUGGCAAAUCUCGCUCCCGCAUAUCCACGUCUCCGUCGGACGCCGGCCUGUUCAGCUACAAAAACCGGCAAGACGCUGCGAAAUCCAAGAUCCUCUCCGUCGCCGCGCAGGGCAUGAGGAUUGUCUUCUCCGACUCUGAGGGCGGGUUGAAGUGGGUGGAGCGGGACGGCCACAGCCUGGCACGCAGGUGGAACAUCAACGCCUUUGAGAUAGGGAACGCAAACGGCAUGGCCACCUCGGCCUUCACGACAGGUGACCUCGUCGCUCGCAAGAUCAUUCCCCUAGCCGAACCUGAUUCCGAAAGAGGCGUAAGAGGUGAUGGCGACCUGCUGAUCUGGACGGGCGAGAAAAUCGGCAUCGUGACCACGAAUCCACAGUACAUGAACCACGAGGACAUGGUCAAUGAGAUGGAGGGGAAUGCGGACGAGAAGAAGCAGAAGGAAGAGCAGGAGAGGAAGGAAGAAGAGUACUCCAAGACUAUGCGGCAGGCACUGGAGCGCCAGGCCGACGAGCGACGGUGGAUGAGUCAAUUCAGGCUCAAGACGAGGAAUUGGUGA